CUUAAAGAUGAAGGAGAAUUGGUCCCCAUUGCUACACUGAAGCAAAUGCUUGAUGUUCAGCAGUUCAUGCUUAAAACGCUUUUUGAUUCCUUUAUCUCCACUGUCAAUGCAAGAGUCGAUAAGUUGGCAGACUCAGUCGCGUCUCUCAAAGCAAGCCUUGAAUUUACACAAAAGGAUGUCGGAGAUUUGUCGUCCUUAAAAUCGAAGCUCGUGGGCGCCGGAAAGGAUAUUGUUGAAAUCAAAAACACUGUGGAGUUUCAGGGAAACAAAAAAGAGUACCAGGAAAACCAAAGCAGACGGAACAACAUCAGAGUAUUCGGUAUACCAGAAUCGGCUGGCGAGACUUGGGAAAUGGCUAAAACGAGAGUUAGGGACGCCAUCAAGGAGAAGCUCAACAUUGAAGUUGACAUCGAGCGCGCUCACCGUGUUGAGCGUAGAACUUUCAACUUUCAACUUUAUUUCAUAAGACUAUUAGUUACAAUAGACUGGCCCGCAAAAUAGCAAUUGCUAAUCUAGGCGGACCAGUUAAAAGAAAAAUAAAUUGAAAGGAAAAGAAACUGAAGGAAAGGAAAGGAAGGAAAACUACAAUUUUAAGUUACAAUAAAUAAUAUUCUAUCACUACACUGGGAAGUAGUAUAUAGUGGACACCGAAUUAUUAAAUUGGCCAUGAAAGAGGGCUAAAUUGCCUCUAAAAGUAAAGUAAGGCAGCUCUUUGAGUGUUGAUCUUUGAGCUUUUUCUUGGACCUUAUUUCUACGGCGUAACUUCAUUUUAAGCUAAUUUAAGGGAUACAGCGAAGAAGGUUUUCAGAAUUACCCCGCUUAAUGCAACUCUAUUAUCUCAAAGUACUUAGCUUAUCGUGACUCCCUCAGUUCAUUUAAUUCGUCUAGGCUUGUUAGCUUUAUGACUGUUGAUGUUUCCGUUUUGCGCAGACAGACAGCUCCGUUUUUCGCCCAACAGAAUUUGAAGUUAUUGGCGUCCUUGUAUUUCUUGCUCUCGAAGAGAAGCUCCUGUAGUCGAGGAGUUAGAUGAUCAUACAAGUUAAUAUGACUGAUAUCAAAAUCGUCAGGGAAGCCUAACUGUGACGCCUCGAGGUUCUCCAAUCUCCUUCGCGCAGCCAUAACUUUUCCCUUUGCCAGUCUUCGAGUAAAUUUGCAAACGAUAGCAUUCGGCCUGUUCGAGGCAGAACGGCUCGGUAUCCGAUGAGCAAUAUCGAUGUCGUUAAGCGAAACAUCUUCAACUCCAAGGGCUUCAAACAUCCUGAGGCAGAGAGCGACAGUUUGAUCGGAGGUUUCAUUUUGCGUUGUAGCUGGCAUACCCACAAUUUUGACAUUAAACUGGUAACUGUAUGCUUCAAGAGUGUCGAUGGAUUUAGCAAUUCGGUCGCAGAGAAUGGAGAUUUCGGCGACUCCAGUAAACAGUUGUUUGAUUUGCUUCACCGCUUCGUCUUUGAACAGGGGCACCCAACGACCGUUUUCUGGAAAAUGAUCUGAAAUGGCUCGUUAUGCAUCCUGUAGUGCUUUAAAAGCAAUAUAAAUGAAUAAUUCGCAUCGCUAAAAAAAUUUGAUCUGUUCGGUCGUCCUAGGAGUGGUUUGACCCUCUCGAAUUUUUUAGGGCUGUUUUUCGCCUUUCCCGAAAAUAACAGCCCACAGUGAAAGCUUUCCGAAAACGUGAGAUUACCUGACGAGCUUUCCCUUGACCGAAAUUUUUAGGGGUCCUUUCAAGUUUUCUCCGAAAACUUUAUCUAGUGUGAGAAUGUCUCCGAAUUUUCUAGGGCGACGUAGAAUGUAUAGAAAAUUCAAGGUGUAAAAGAAAAGGCAUUUAAGUGAUUUUAAAGCCAGUUGAAACGUCUAAUGAGUGUAUAGAAAAUUCUAGGUGUAAAAGAAAAGGUAUUUAAGUGAUUUUAAAGCCAGUUUCAAACGUCUUGUACCCUGCCAAACUCAAUUCGCACGGCACUUACGGAAAAAUCUGAAAUACGGCAUGGCACUGACUGAUUACAACGCACAUUGAACGCAGUCAGCUAAGGCAGUUGGCAGAGUUGGGAUCAGUUGGAAUAGCCCAGGGCACGGCUCAGUGUUUUUUCAGUGUUCUGUUCUGUUUUUUCUGUUCGUCCCCGAGGGGUAAGGUGCUCUGGGUGCUAAGGUAAUAGGAGAGGACAGCUGAUGGGGGGAAUCUGAAGAAUAGGCCGAAUAGGUCCAGUAGUAAAGAUCAGAAAGAUCAGAAGAUUACGCUCUUUAUUACAGUUCUUUGAACAGUUUAAACAGUUUAAACAACUGUUUAAAUCAGGUACUGUUUCCUGUGUUUCGGCGUCAGUGUGUCCUUACAGGUAAUUGCUGAAACAGAAAUUUGGUAAGAAAACAUUCAGAACACUGGAAUAACGAAGAUUCUGGAGUCUGGAGAUUCCUCCAAGUAUAGAUAAUAAUUUACAAUUAUCUGAAUUAUUAGGUGAAUUAUCAGCUGACGAUUACAGUGAAUUAUCAGGCUGAAUUAUUCCUGUUAUAACACGAUUGCGCGUUGGGCUGGAUAUGAGUCUGCUGAUGAGUUGGCUAUAAUAUAAUGUGUCAGUGAUGGGUCUGAUGGGUUCAUCUUUCUUCAGCUGUUUCUUUUUCUAACAGGUGCAAGACUGCAGUGAGACUUCUGACACUGAUUAUGUUUUUUUCCUUGUUUGUCAUCAGUGUGUCAUAUUUGUUUUGCAGUGAGAGUUAAGGAACACAGCAAUCCUGAUCCGAACAAAGGUUCGAAAGGUUCGGCAGGUGCAUACGAUUUCGCGACUGCAAAGCCGCAGUCAGAGAACGACUGAACACUGAAUGAAGCUAGAUGGGCAAUUGAAAACAAUGCAUAUUCAAGUUCGGGUGAAAAUCGACUAAGCUGAAUAAAGUGGAUAUACUAUAGUUUGGUCUGCCAUUUUUCAACUGAACUUUUCUGUGGUCGCAGCGCGCGCCAAGUCCAGCGAUCUACUGUGUUCAGACUGUUGCCUAUUAUACUCAUUGCAUUUACUUUGCAUUAUAUUUUACCCGAGUGGAAAACCUAAUUUUUCUCGUUUGCUGUUGCUACUAUCAUUGGGAUGGGAAGCGGGCUAUGUACAUAGUUGAUGUAGAACGAAAAAAACCCGUAACACGCUAAAAAAUACCGUAUUUAUUCGAAUAAGCGCCCAACCUCGAAUUAGCGCCCACCUCGAAUAAGCACCCAUCCUAGAGGCAGAACUGCGGGUUAAUAAACACCCAGCCUCGAAUAAGCGCCCACCCACACCUCACAACCCUCCCCUUUCCACUCAAACUAAAAUAAGCGACCACUCCUGCCCCCAUUCCUCCUCCGACACAAAAAAAAAUUGAAUAAGUACUAAUAAGACACUUCCCCGAAGACGGAGUUUUCUUCAGAGUAUUUUACAGAAACCUUGCAUUGUUACAUCUUCUCGUUUUGUUGUUACCAUUUAUUGUUUUGUUGCAAAAUAAACGUACUACACUUGCUGAAAAUGGUGAACAUUCAAUAAGGGCCCAGCCUUGAAUAAACGCCCACCUAGAAUAGGCGUCCACUCUCAAGGUCCAAAAAUUUAAUAAGCGCCCAGGGCGGUAGUCUGCUACAAAGCCGUUUUUAGUGUCGUCACGCAACGCUCCUAGUAUCAGAGAGAAGUAACGACCGGACAUAUCAGGAAAUAUUAAAGUCUACUCAGUGUCUACUGUUCGCAGGCUAUGUGAUCUGAUGUGAUCAGGCGUUUUUUUUUUGUUUUUUUUUCGGUGAAAGAGAAACCACUCAUCGACCACUGGGACUCGGAGGACUGCUGAUUUAGUUCUCGAGUCGUCUGCACCGCAGACUCAGUUUUUUCCUGGGUAGUUUUUUUCCGGAAACUGCGGAAAAUACAAGCGGUUUGCACUCAGUGCAGUGUGUUCAGUGUGGCUUUGCAAGGCAAGGCGAUGAUCGUGAAUCUAGUCAGUCUGGUGAAUGAGCUGGUGAAUGGUCUGAAUGCUGUGAAUGGUCAGCUGAAAAUGGUGAACACAUUGAUUACAAACUGAUUACGGUAGUUACUAGCAAAAACAUCACAGAUUUUAAAAACUAAAAACGAAGUGACAGCACUGCUGUCAAUGAGAAUCGUCGCCGUUUGGUACCUUUGUUCAAACCGUUAAGUUGAAAAAAAAAUGUUUAAAAAAAUAACUUAUCGAAAACAACAGCCUGAACAGCAGAACACGCACUGCUGGAAGUCAGUGUGGAAGUGGUCAAACACCUGAAACACAAAUCGGGCAAAUUUUUUAUGGUCUUUCAUCAAGUUGCUUCGGAAUAUAAAGCUCAGAGGGCUUGUUUCUCAGUCUGCAGGUACUAUAUGGUUAAGAAAAUCGGUAUAAUUUCCCAAAAUUCUCCGAAUAAUGUGAAUUGCUUUUUCUCUGUUUUCUCUCGCCUAUCAGGAAAAUCAGGAAGUGGGUGUUCACAGUGUUGAUAACCUCAGAGCAGUGAUAACCUGAUGGGUUUAAUAGGACAGAAAGAAGAGAAGGUCAGAUGUUGUGGUGCGUUGCAAACAAUAGUUCUUUUGUUGCGCACAGCUGGACUGUGUCAAAUCAGCACCACCAACGUCACCCUUAUUCAACCGAAUUGCCGUUGAUUUCUUGCACCGCACUGCAAGAAAAGACUCGCUGAGCUUAGAGGUUUGAUUCGCUUGUCGCUUUGGGAUGCUUGCAUUCUACAUGGAGAUUUCAUUCGCUUAUAUUCAACUAUCUUUAAAACGUUAAUUCAGGUAAGGUUUACUUCAUUUUAACCUAACUGUUUUUGGGACCCUAAAGAGGAGGAAUUUCACUGUAACGUGGCUACGAUUUUAGGACAUUUUAAAACCAAAGAAUGGAAGAAUUCAUUUAGCUUUCCGGCCUUUCUAUCUUAUUCGUUUUCUGUUUGUAUUGAGAAGUGGUCUUUUUUCAUUAUACGUCUUCUAUGUACACCUCAUUCGAUAAGAUCUCCCUGUUCGUUUCUAGAUUUUGCGACAUAAUUUUUCAGUUUUUGUAAUCAGUGUAAUCGAACCGCCGCCUCACCGGUCUGAGCUUUAUACUGUUUUAUUUCGUAAGGUCCAACGAUUCGGCAUAUUCGGUCUACUGCUUUGGCCACAGACAACUUUUCAUGCGCCGAACCUAACGUGUUGAAUCAGCACAUGAAAAGAUCGGCGUCUUACGCCUUCUUUCAGCUUCUUUGUAACGGCUCAAAUGCAUAGCUCACCUUUUGUCUGUUUUGUCAUGUGCCGAUUCAGCGAUUAGAAAGAAUAUACUAUCAUUUUAAUGAUUUUAACUUUUUUCCUGCCUUUGCAUUUUGCUGGGCAGAAUCUCUUCAGCCGUUCUAGAUUAUAUCAGCUCAUUAUAUGCUGAAUACGGAUCGAUCGGUCUUCAGUGGCUAACUCUUUGAUAAACCAAAUAGCGCAAUCAAAUGUUUAGGAUUUCGUAACUAUGUUAACCGGCUCCUCUUAGAGCUUCGAUUUGAUUCAGGGCUGGUGGUUACGCUCACCCUCGUCAAUACAACAGAUGUAUGCAGACCGGCUGAAUUAGUCAAAAUGAAAUAUGCAACAUGAUCUAAAUCAAUACAAUCGAAAGGCACAGAGUCUCCACUCCUCUGUCUCCAUGUCAUGCCAUGUGUUUCACCGGUCUCUAAAUAAUACUAAUACUGUAACAAAGAUAUCUGCUCGAGUGGCAAGGUAGUGUCAUAAGCCUGUGUCGCGAGCAUUUCUGUGCGAAUUCGUCGAAAAGUAGAACUGAAAAACCCGAUCUGAAACGUUCGGAAUGCUUGGUGCGAUGGUUGCUCAGUAUGGAAACUUUGGGAAGAUCUAAGAUUCAGCUACAAGGUACCUCGCUUGAAAAAAAGAACAGUGGCAUGCUAUGAAUUAGGAAACAACACCAAUUUAAUAGGUCAGGCAGUAAAAAUACAUAAAACAGUGAACAACAAAUUGAACCCUUACUAACAAAUUAAUACUUAAACCAAAAAAAAAAUAGAAUAUCCAGGUAAACCACUCAUGAAGGAAUGUGUAAACUUUUAGGUCAUAUCAGCAGAAAUGUUUCCCGUUACAUCAAGGUUGGCGGUGAGCUCAUUAAUUUGUUUUGAUUUCUUUAUUGCCAAAUGUUUGAAGGCGACAAGGUCGUCAUAUUUACUGGAGACGAAUUCAAGCGAAUUAGCACCUUCUGACGACAUUUUCUUCUCGGCGUCCGGCUUUUCUGGAAAUUUUCUGGAGUUUUUCUUUCAAUUCAGCUAUCUCAUUUCGUAAAGAUUGAUUUUCCUUCCUCAGCUUUUCAUUCCCGGUCAUAAUUGGCAGAAGAAAGGCUCAAAUUCUAAUCUUAGCUCGGAGAGCUCUUAAACACACGUCCGACCAGUACAAGCACCGCACCAGUCUGGAAGAAUCAAUCAAGUCUGGAGGAAUCAAUCAACACCAAGCUGAUGCAAAGCCUAGAGUUAUUGUGUGCCGACUGAGUAGUUGGAAGCAGAAAGAAGCUGUAGUAAGAAAGGAAAAACCAGAAGGACUGUUUAUUUGCGAAGAUCUUUCGCAAGCGACGCUUGAAAAGAUGAAACCUCAUUUGGAGAAGCUUAAGGCGGCCAAGCAAGCAGGAAAAUCAGCAUAUUUUAUCUUAGAUCGCUUGAUCAUUCGUGAUAAGCCUUCCGGUUCUUCAAACGAUUAA